AUGGAUCAAUACACUUUGGGUGCACGCGGAGGCGAUCUUACGCUGCGCAUAUGUAACUCGCAUGCUUCAAAUUACCGCCUCUCGCUAAUGGCAUGUCCCGCUAUGAAAAAUGUUUCUCACGGGCUACUCAUUUACUUAUCAUUGUUGCCUGUUGCGUGUGACAAGCAUUGUGUCCGGUUACGGGAGUUUAUGAUGACAGAUGAGAAAGGACUGAGACGAGAAUACCCGCUGCAUUGGGCUGUUUUCCGGAAUGAUUAUGAGAAUUUGAUGAUAUUGCUGGAAGAAGAGCAUGCGGGUGAGAUCGUUAACAAGCUCGAUGUGAGAGGUCGCACACCUUUGAUGUUAGCCAUUACCCUUGGCCAUUAUGAAUGUGCUCGAGCUCUGCUGGAAAAAGGAGCCAAUGCUGCUAUUCAAAAUGCAGAUAUGUGGUCGCCUAGUCAUGAAGCUAUUUGUGCCGGAAAUAGUGAUCUUUUACGGUUAAUUAUCCAGCAUCGAGAUUACCAACGAGCUUUGCAGACAAGUUGUGCAAUGGAACGUUUACUCACUCUGUUAAAGAAAACAGGCGACUUUUAUGUAGAAAUGGGUUGGGAAUUUACUAGUUGGCUACCAUUUGUUAGCAAAAUGUGUCCUUCCGAUACUUAUAAGAUUUAUAAGCGAGGUUCAAAUGUUCGCAUUGACACAACAUUGGUUGGUUUUGAUAUAACAUCAAAUUGGAAACGCGGCAAUCAGUCCUUCAUAUUUCGUUUUACCGAUAAUCAUCAAGCUCAGUUAAUUGUCUUAGAACAUGACAGUAAAACGGCUACUAUUCAUACCAUGGACUCACAAUCCAGCAUUGAUCUCAGAGAUUUUAUUCCACCUGAAGAAGCUGUUUACUCGCGGAUGACAUCACCUGUCGACACUACUUUUAUUGAUAUAGAGAAAAUCGGAUUUGAACGAUCAAAAGGUGGCGGUCUUUUCUCUUGGUUAACUUCAUCAGAUCGUGUAGAAGAAGUGGCUGGGUAUGAAUGUAAGGUCUUUAAUGCGAGUAAUGUUGACAUAGUGACAAAGACACGCACGGAGCAUUUGCUGGAAGGAGAUAAGGAAAGAUUCCGACACGAAGAGCAUGAAAAUCCUUUGUACAGAGUAUUGAAAUUGGCUGAAAAACAUCAGAAAUGCACCAGCGAAAUGAGACAAACGGGGAGUGAUGUGUAUUGCGGUCUAACAGCGCAACAGUAUUUGGAUAAGAAUUAUUCUAUGAAUAAUCGUGACAUCGGAUUACCAAAACAGGUGACGAAGAAGACCAGUUCGUUUAAAGCUACUUUAUGGCUUUGUGACCAUUACCCACUCGAUUUGCAGGAUCAAGUAUUACCAGUUAUUGAUCUAAUGGCUGUAAACAAUGUCCAUUUCGCUCGGCUGAAGAAUUUCAUCCAACUGCAGUUGCCAGCUGGUUUUCCUGUAAAAAUUGAAAUUCCGCUAUUUCAUGUUGUUAGUGCACGAAUCACUUUUUCGGCAGUAAAUAUACCAGGACCUUAUCUUUCUUACAAUGUUUCAUCAAACGAGGUGGAAUUCGAUCCGACGAUUUUCGAAAUCCCCAAGUAUUACCGUUCUCUGAAUAACGGUGAUUAUGGCCUGUGCAUAAACGGAAACACAACCGUCCGCGAAAUAAGUUCUAACGGAAAUCUUGCAUCAAGAAGAUACGUAUCGGAAGAUGAACUCUAUCUACAGUUUGCACUGGAGCAAAGUAUGCGCGAAGCAGCAGGCCCACCAACAGCAAGUGCUAAUGCCUGUAUCGCAGCAUCCGUGGGCGCUGUCUCAGAUUGGCAUGGAGACACAGAUUUAGCAUAUGCUAUAGACGAAAGUAUACGUACUCUUCGCCUGGAACAGUUGAUGAGGGAAGGUACUACAACUAUCGAUGAUACCACUGCCACAAAGCGACAGACUUUUAUGGAUGAUGAUAUUCAGCUUGCAAUAAGGCUAUCGAAAAAAGACGAAGAAGAAAGGCUGAAAGCAUGCGAAGAGCAAGAGGAAGAAUUAGAACGUAUCAUAAAACUAUCUCUCAUCGAGAAAUGA